AUGACUAAUCUUGGUUUGCUUCACAAUUUCUUGGGGUUAGGAGUGAUACAAACCGAGUCUUACAUUUUCUUGCACCAAAAGAAAUAUGCUAAGACAUUGCUAGACAAAUUCGGCUUCAUGGACUGUAAAGCUGUAGCUACUCCUCUUGCAAUGAAUGAAAAGCUAUCCAAGGAAAAUGGGAGUGAACAAGCUGAUGAAGCGAUCUAUAGGCAGAUAGUUGGAAGCUUGUUGUACUUGACUGCAACAAGGCCAAACAUCAUGCUUGCAGCAACAUAUGAGAAAGGAAAAGAAGCAAGGCUCAUUGGCUACUGUGACAGUGAUUGGUCAGGGAGUGAGGAUGACAUGAGAAGUACCUCUGGAUGUGCAUUUAAUCUUGGAUCAGGUGUGUUUUCUUGGGCUUCAGUCAAGCAAAGUAGUGUAGCUUUGUCUACAGCAGAGGCAGAGUACAUUAGUGUAGCAGAAGCUACUGCACAAGCAAUCUGGUUGCGCUUUGUUCUCUCAUAUUUUGGGGAAGAACAGGUGGGUGCUACUACAAUUCUACGUGAUAAUACCUCUGCUAUUGCCAUAACCAAGAAUCCGGUGCAUCAUCAUACGACAAGGCAUAUAAACAUAAGGUUUCACUUCAUCCGAGAUGCUUUGCAAAAUGGAGAGAUUGAUUUCCUGUAUUGCAAAACUGAAGAGCAGACUGCAAACAUCUUUACUAAGGCUCUAGCAAGAGAUCAGUUUGAAUACCUGAGAAGAAAGCUUGGAGUGAUCUCAGCUAAACACUUAGAAGGGAGUGUUGAAAUAUAA